AUGGUAUUCCUGAUGAAAUGCCCUUCAGGUCCAAGUCGUCAAAAUCUCACUAGGAAAACCAGUGAAGAAGAAAAGGUAAAUCAAAAUACAGUAGUGUCUGGUGUCUAUGCGCAAAUAUUUGAUGUUCAGAUGUCUAUCCAAGUCGAUUCUCGCGCCAGCCCUAUGAAGCCUGAAGGGCCAGUUGCAGUCGAGGAGUAUUUCUUUGAAGGAGCCGAGAAAUUACUGGAAUUAUGGUUUGGAAACAAAAACACUAAAGACGCUUCACUUCGCCUAAUUCCAAGAUUUGAACUUGAUGCUAUGUUGGACAUCGCCAGAUGCAAGGUACUGCACUCGGCGCACACUGACUAUCUCGACAGCUACGUGCUGAGGUGAAU